GAGAUGCACUGUACAUUUCAGGAGGGAUACCUACAUGGACUGAUCUGCCUUUUUAUUCAGGUGUAUCACGGCUGGUGAAAACUGAGGAGCAGCAAUGCCGUUCCUUCACUUGCAUGACCUGGACAAGCCGUAUAUCGGUCUUCAGUACCCUGAGGUACCCAUCUUGGAGAAGCCUAGGUGUUCUAAUCUUGAACUGGACUGGCUUCGAUGCGCCAAUGGCCUAGGAUGGAAUCGUGCAAAGAAGGAAUGUAAACUGGAAUUGGGAGAUUUUUUGGAGUGCUGCCAAGGCACAAAGAAGGUGGCAAGAGUGAAGACAAUUAUGGCGCAACGAGACAAACUGGUGUCUGAAGGGAAAUACACACCACCUCCUGAGCAUCGGUAGCCAAGACGUCUUUGGAAAAAAUUGUAUAUCAGUCAUAGUUUUCCCUAAAAUAACCUCGGAGGUCAAAGUUCAAGCAUCUUAAACUCCAAUGGUUGAGAUUUUGUUAUGACAUAGAGGUUUACAUGUGUUGAUUCCUGUACUAAAAAAAGGAGCAUUUUCAACACUACUAAUUAUUUUGACUGACUGAGUGGACCUUUUUAUAGCAUCUCAUUUGAGUUCUAAUGUUUGAAUAUAAAUUUGUGGAGUUUGAGAGACAUCAAAGUAACACCUCGUUUCCCAAAAUUGAAUUAUUACAAAUUAGAUUUAUUAGCAUUUUUAUUUAUAUCUCAUUGCCUGUUUUGUUUUCUUCUUUCAAUUAAGGACAAUAUCUAGGUUUUGAAAUCUCAAAUUCAUGUUCAUUGAAAGAACAUUGUUGCAGUUCAAGACAGAUGUUGUAACACAGACUUGCAGUUGGGAAAGAUGUGUGAUUCCAUGUGGCCAUUCUUUACAUCGAAGGGGACGAGGGAGGGGUUGGGGGUGGGGAUCAAAUUAAAUGUCCCUCGUUUACCAGUUUAAUGAUAUUGAAAAGAUGAUAUCUCUGUUUGGUCCUUGGUGUACCAAUCACAUUAUCUCCACCACAAGUAACGUUUACAAAAGUUACCAAGUAAUUUUUAAAUGCAUGGGAUUAAACACUUGGUGUCGCCCCUCCUUUCCCUGUCGGCGUGGAUGGUCGAUGUCGAAUGUGUGAUUCUUAUAUAAUGUGUUUUAUUAUAAAAUUUGAAUGAACAAGCUUAAUGAUAAUUCUGUAAUCUAUAAGAGUAUUUCAUUAAACGAUCAUUUUAUUUGAACUUUA